CACUUUUGAUCGGACGUCGGCCACCAGCUUCCGCCCUUUUUCUCCUCCGGCUCGGCCCUUGAUUUUCACCCGCCUCGCCAACCUCAUCAUCCCUCCCACCACUUCGGCAGAUUGACUGGCAUCGUCCCCAGCAGCCGCACGCACCCACGACACGCGCCCAGGCACACCCGCUUCGCCACACGCACGCAACAAGCCGCCGCCGCGUCGGGUCUUGAUCUACAAUCGACGCAAACCAACGAGAUUAAUUUUUUUUGUUGAGCAAAGCACAGCAGGGUCAAAGCAUCCCGGUCUACCUUGGCCCCCCCGGUCCCCGCGGCUCUGUGGUGGCUCCCCGACUGCAAACCACCCUUACGCGCUUGUCCAUACGGCAGAACCAGGCGGGCCAUUGUGUGUUUUCUGAUUAGAUGUUUCUGAGCAGUAGCGCCGUCUCGGCUCUGCGUACCAGCACCAGGCCUGCUCGACAGCAGCUGCCCGCAUUUGGCAGCCGCCUUCUGUCCGCCGCCAUGGCCUCCUCCACCUCUGCUGAUUCGUCUGCUGCUGGCUCACAGACACCCAUGGAGGAUGCUAUUCGAUCAAAGAUCACCGCCGCCCUCGCGCCCACAAAGCUCGAGAUCCACAACGACUCGCACAAGCACGCCCACCACAGCGCCAUGCGCGGCGUCACCUCGCGCGAGACGCACUUCCGCCUCGUCAUCGUCAGCCCAGAGUUCAAGGGCAAGAUGCAGCCCGCCAGGCACCGCGUCGUGUACCAGCUGCUCAGGGACGAGAUGGCCGCAGAGGGCGGGAUCCACGCCCUCCAGCUCAGGACCAAGACUCCCGAGGAGGAGGCAAAGGCCGAGGCGGCCCAGCAAUAGCACCAGCAACAGCAGCAGUGGAAGCACUCAGUGAGCCAAUAAAUGGCAAGGCAAAGACACGAAUGAAAUGUCACUCAUGGAAGGGCUCCUAAACAUCCCACCGUGAAGCAUGGGCGUGUGUUGUACGAUUUGGCUGUAAUAGUGGUAU